AUGGACCAGUCCUCGGUCCUCCGACUCCCAGCCCGAAACGCUCAGCUGAGGCGCACAGGAGUCUGGGGCACGAUUCUUUUUGACAAAGCCACGAAAGUGCGCUGUCUGCAAAGGAAAAUAGACAUGUUCGAAGUGGUAGCCGUCAAUCACGAGGGGAGACUCCAAACAGUGAGCCUAGAGCUGGAGAACGCGUUUACCGGCGGCGCGGCCGGUUUAGUGAAUGAAGCUAUGGCUACAGAUUCUCCCAGAAGACCCAGCCGUUGUACUGGUGGAGUUGUGGUUCGUCCCCAGGCUGUCACGGAGCAGUCCUACAUGGAAAGUGUUGUGACUUUUCUACAGGAUGUUGUACCACAGGCUUACAGUGGAACACCUCUCACAGAAGAAAAGGAGAAAAUAGUCUGGGUCAGAUUUGAAAAUGCAGAUUUAAAUGAUACAUCAAGAAAUCUGGAAUUUCAUGAAAUACACAGCACUGGGAACGAGCCACCUCUGCUGAUUAUGAUCGGCUACAGUGAUGGAAUGCAAGUCUGGAGCAUCCCGAUCAGUGGGGAGGCCCAGGAGCUGUUUUCUGUCCGACAUGGCCCCAUUCGAGCGGCUAGAAUCUUGCCUGCUCCACAGUUCGGUACUCAAAAGUGUGACAACUUUGCUGAAAAAAGGCCCCUCCUUGGUGUUUGUAAGAGCACUGGAUCUUCUGGCACAAGUCCACCUUACUGUUGUGUAGAUCUAUAUUCACUUCGUACUGGUGAGAUGGUCAAGUCUAUUCAGUUUAAAACACCUAUUUAUGAUCUCCACUGUAACAAGCGGAUCCUCGUUGUAGUCUUGCAGGAGAAAAUUGCUGCCUUUGAUAGCUGUACUUUCACAAAAAAAUUUUUUGUCACAAGCUGCUAUCCUUGCCCAGGGCCCAACAUGAAUCCUAUUGCUCUUGGGAGCCGUUGGCUUGCUUAUGCAGAAAACAAGUUGAUUCGAUGUCAUCAGUCCCGUGGUGGAGCCUGUGGAGACAACAUUCAGUCUUAUACUGCCACAGUCAUUAGUGCUGCUAAAACAUUGAAAACUGGUCUGACAAUGGUCGGGAAAGUGGUGACUCAGCUGACAGGCACACUGCCUUCAGGUGUGACAGAAGAUGAUGUUGCCCUCCAUAGUAAUUCAAGGCGGAGUCCUCUGAUUCCAGGCAUUAUCACAGUAAUUGACACUGAAACAGUUGGAGAGGGCCAGGUGCUUGUGAGCGAGGAUUCUGACAGUGAUGGUAUCGUGGCCCACUUUCCUGCUCAUGAGAAGCCAGUGUGCUGUAUGGCAUUUAAUACAAGUGGAAUGCUUCUAGUUACAACAGACACUCUUGGCCAUGACUUUCAUGUCUUCCAAAUUCUGACUCAUCCUUGGUCUUCAUCACAAAGUGCGGUCCAUCAUCUCUAUACUCUUCACAGGGGAGAAACUGAAGCCAAAGUACAAGACAUCUGCUUCAGCCACGACUGUCGCUGGGUUGUGGUCAGCACGCUCCGGGGGACCUCCCACGUUUUCCCCAUCAACCCUUAUGGCGGCCAGCCUUGCGUUCGAACACACAUGUCACCACGAGUUGUGAAUCGUAUGAGCCGUUUCCAGAAAAGUGCUGGGUUGGAAGAAAUUGAACAAGAACUGACGUCAAAGCAAGGAGGUCGCUGUAGCCCUGUCCCAGGUCUAUCCAGUAGCCCCUCUGGGUCACCUCUGCAUGGGAAACUAAACAGCCAAGACUCCUACAAUAACUUUGCCAACAACAACCCUGGCAAUCCUCGGCUCUCUCCUCUCCCCAGCUUGAUGGUGUUGAUGCCUCUUGCACAGAUCAAGCAACCAAUGACAUUGGGGACCAUCACCAAACGAACAGGGCCUUAUCUGUUUGGAGCGGGGUGUUUUUCCAUAAAAGCUCCAUGCAAAGUUAAACCGCCUCCACAAAUUUCACCCAGCAAAUCAAUGGGCGGAGAAUUUUGCGUGGCUGCAAUGUUUGGGACAUCCAGAUCGUGGUUUGCGAAUAAUGCAGGUCUGAAAAGAGAAAAAGAUCAGUCCAAACAAGUUGUCGUGGAAUCUCUCUACAUUAUUAGCUGCUAUGGGACCUUAGUGGAGCACAUGAUGGAGCCACGACCACUCAGCACUGCCCCCAAGAUUAGUGACGACACCCCGCUGGAAGUGAUGACGUCACCUCGAGCCAGCUGGACUCUGGUUAGAACUCCACAAUGGAAUGAAUUGCAACCACCAUUUAAUGCAAACCACCCUCUGCUCCUUGCUGCCGAUGCAGUCCAGUAUUAUCAGUUCCUGCUUGCUGGCCUGGUUCCCCCUGGAAGUCCUGGGCCCAUUACUCGGCAUGGGUCCUAUGACAGCUUAGCCUCUGACCAUAGUGGACAGGAAGAUGAAGAAUGGCUUUCUCAGGUAGAAAUUGUAACGCACACUGGACCCCACAGGCGUCUGUGGAUGGGUCCACAGUUCCAGUUCAAAACCAUCCACCCCUCAGGCCAAACCACAGUCAUAUCAUCUAGUUCAUCUGUGUUGCAGUCUCAUGGUCCAAGUGAUACUCCACAGCCCCUUUUGGAUUUUGAUACAGAUGAUCUUGAUCUCAACAGUCUCAGGAUCCAGCCGGUCCGCUCUGACCCAGUCAGCAUGCCAGGGUCAUCCCGUCCAGUCUCUGAUCGAAGGGGAAUUUCCACCAUGAUUGAUGCUGCCUCAGGUACCUUUGACCGGAGUGUGACCCUGCUAGAGGUGUGUGGGAGCUGGCCCGAGGGCUUCGGGCUGCGGCACAUGUCCUCCAUGGAGCACACAGAAGAAGGUCUGCGGGAGCGGCUCGCGGAUGCCAUGGCCGAGUCACCGAGCCGGGACGUUGUGGGAUCCGGAACAGAACUACAGCGAGAGGGAAGCAUCGAGACUCUGAGUAACAGCUCGGGUUCCACCAGCGGCAGCAUCCCAAGAAACUUCGAUGGCUACCGAUCUCCACUGCCCACCAAUGAGAGUCAGCCACUCAGCCUCUUCCCUACCGGCUUCCCGUAGUACCAGCAGCCUGCUUCUGACUGACCAGCCCACUCACCUGCUGGAGGGAGGGGGAGAAGCCCCCUUCUUGGUCCUGCCCUUCAGUCUGCUCCUCUUUCACCAGCCACCUUCCCCAAGCUUAGUGACAGCAGCCACCCACCCUCCCUGGAUGGAGAAGAGACCCUUCUCCAAAGCACCUUGGUGCACUCUGACCUCUGUCCCCCAUCAGUGGGGCUGUGGCUGAAAGAGACUCUGCAGAAGUUGCGUCCCCUCCUCUGCACAUGAUGUCCUGCAUUGGAUCUGCUUAUGUAUUUUCUAACCAUACCCACAGGGGGCUUGGGAGGAGAGAGCGUGGAUGGGCCCGCCUGGGCAUUCUGACCCUGCGUGGACAGCCCUAGCCCACUCCUGGCUAUGAUAUGCCCAGUUUCCCUUGGCCAGCCUCCCUUUGGCAUAGGGCAAACUGAGGCCCAGAGCAUUAGGGAAGGGGAAGGAAGGAGAAGCCCCCCUUCCUCUUUUCUUUCCCCUUUGGCUCAUGGGAAGGAUUUGUCUUUCUUGUCUGUAAGCCCUUUUACCCUGGUUCUGUACUGUUGAGUGAAGGAAACUGUGGUUACUAAGGCCCUGUCAAAAAGUGCACGUCUUGUCCAAUAAAUCACGCUGCAAUUGGUGUCCA